CCCGUUAUCUACUGAACUUAUUCAGUUGGUUUAAGUGAACCAUGGACAAAGUUAAUAGCACGGUUAAAAGCAAGGCGACUACAAAUGAUGAGAAGAAGAAGAAUAUUUCUAUUGAGGAUAUUUAUAAGAUAGACCAACUUGACUUGGCUUUGAGGCCACAGACUGCCAAGUUCACACUCCCAGAUGCUGUCCCCAGAAGGGAGUGGAGAGCUAGGUUCUCCUCGGGUGCCGGGUCUGUGGAACCUCUCAACUUCCCUCUCAACCAGGUGAUCAUCACCCACACAGAUAGCGACCCUUGUGGAGACAAGUCGUCGUGCACGAGAGCCUUGCGUGGAGUUCAGGAACUGUUCAUGAUGAUGGGAUAUCACGACAUACCUUACAAUUUCAUGGUCACUACGGAAGGAGACGUUUUUGAGGGACGAGCUUGGCUAGAUGAAUGCCCAAUACCCGAAUCCUUAGGCAGACAGGAUAAAACUCUCGUAAUUGGAAUUAUAGCAAAAGAAUCAGACUGCUUUGGAAAGGCAAAAGAAGCCAUCAACACACAGGUUGACAGGAUAAUCGACCACGGCCUCAAAUAUGAGCUUAUUCAUCCCAAUUUCUUAAAAAGAGAAUCGCAUUCUUGUGCUUGA